AAUACAAUAUAAUAAUUUUGCAAUAUAUAUAACAUUCUAAACUAGAAAUCCUCGUUACACGUACAUUUCUCCUGUUAGGUCUAGUCAUUUUCAUCACGUACCUGCGGAGACAGUUCUCCGUCCUGAUCGUUUAAAGGUUUGUCACGACUCGACCAGAUGAUGUAUUGAACACGGUCGAAGAAAUUCUAUCCUUCACCCUUGUACAAGACAUAUCGGGAGAACAUGUCGACCUGGGAAGAUUUGAAGAAGCAAGCUAGAAGGCUUGAAACAGAAAUUGACUCAAUGUUGGUAUCAUUGAGCAAAAUGAGUACUAAUAAUCCAAUGAUGUACAGCGAUGAAGAAUCACAAUUGUUGUUGUCCGACGAUAGAUUUGAUACAGCCACUUCUGAAAUUGAAGAACUCCUUUCCAAGUUGAAUACUGUAAAUGAGAAAAUGGGAGAAUGGAGUUCUAGUGGCGAACCAUCUACCAAUUCACAAAAUAUGCACACUGUACAGCGUCAUAGAGAUAUUUUGCAAGAUUAUACUAAAGAAUUUCGUAAAAUACAAUCAAAUGUCCGAGCUCGAAGGGAAAGAGAAGAUUUAUUACAUAGUGUUCGUCAGGAUAUAGAUGGUUUCAAAAAUUCUGGAACUAAAAAUCGACGUAUGGAUUUGUAUGUCAAAGAACACGAACAUGUACGUAAUUCAGAUCGUUUAGUAUCAGAUCAAAUUGCAAUUGCAAUGGAAACCAGAGAACACUUAGUGUCACAACGUCACCAUUUUAAACGAUUACAAUCAAGACUACAUGAUUUGUCAAGCAGAUUUCCAGCUCUGAAUACACUUGUACAAAAAAUUAACAUGCGUAAAAAACGUGAUUCCUUUAUUAUAGGUGGAGUGAUUGUAACAUGUACUUUAAUCAUUCUCUUAUACACUUUUCAUUAAGCAGUGACACAUAUCGGUGAUAAUUAUAUAUAUAUAUAUAUUUAAUAUGAAUAUUAUUACA